CUGUUACCUCUUUCCGUUUCCGAGGCUGUUCCACUUUUCUUGGUUGAAGAACAGGGGUUCCGAAAAAAAUAUAAAAGUACACAUUUGUCGGAUGCGUGAUAUCUCUGUUCACCCUCUUUCUUCUUCAUCGUCCUUCCUUUCCUCGUCCUUCUUUCUCGGAUCCCCUUUAUUCCGUUCCUCUUCCUCUUCUUUCUCUUCUUCUGGGUCUCCUUUCUUCCUCGUUGUCAUCUUCUUGGCCAUCUUUCUUCUUCACUCUUUUUCUGGGUCUCUCCUCGCUCACUCUUCGUCCGGCAGCUCAUCUUCCCUUUCGAGCCGCGUCUCCCGUUCGACCUCUCUUCUCUUGGUGUCUCGCAACUCGCCCUGCCGUCUGCGAUGACGUGGAGGAACGCUUCGCAGGCCUCAAACUCGCCUAGCUGCGCUUCAUCCCCGCCGCCUGCGGCCCUGUCUCCGUUUUCUUCUCUCUACGCGCCCACCUUCGGCGCUGCUCCGGAUGCUGCCGAGGAGACGCCUAUUCUGAGAGAGACUGCGGCGGACCUCGCAGGACCUUUCUUCGCGUCUCCAGCCGUUUCUGACUCGCCUGCUCCUGCAUGGAGAGACUCUUCCCCCCCAGGAACGGACAGUUCUGCGGUACGAAGUCGACGUCCACAGAGCCUUUCGCAUUGUCCCUCAGCCUCCUCGCAGAACUCUGCGCCCGGGUAUACGUACAGCCCAGACUUUCAGCAAGCGCUCUGCCUGGAGGAGAGCGAGGAGAACCUCAGGGAGUGGGCCAGCAGCCUCCUCGCCGCCGUCGAGACACGCGUGCGGCGCGUAGCCGAGGACGCAACCGAGAGCGUCAAAGAGCACCUGGGAGGAACUGUCUCCUCUGAGGAUUCGCAGAGGCCGGAGUCCAUUUCUGUGAAGAUUUCGAAUCCGAAGCUGGCAGCGCUUGAAGUGUCUGUCCAGUCCAGGCUCUUGCCGCAUGUCGAAGCGUCUCUAGAGAGUCUGCAAGCUUUCCUCGACUCUGUGCGAACUGAGAAGCAAGCGACAGUCGCAGCUCUUCCGCUUGGAGCUCUCUCACGUCGCCUCUGUUCUGCGAUCGAGGUCGAGAGCAAACGCCCACUUCGUUGGAACGCGGAGGAUGCCAACAAGCCUGGUAAAAGUGGAAGUUAACUGACAGCAACCUUUACUUCCAGUGUCGCUUACGCAGGCGCAUUUUAUCCGUUUAUAUCAAUACCGAUGUGUGCGUGCAACUGAGUGCGUAGAGUUUAUUAGAUCUGGGUUUCACUUUAUGUCUGCGCUUUUUUGGGAAUGUUCGCGAGUUCGGACGAACGUCUCGUUCGCCGCUGUGUGAAGUCGAGGAGACAGGUUUGCAGGUGGACGUACGGUAUAUCAGUUUGUAGGGACAUCAUUUAAAAAGGUCCUUUUUACGCGCCUUCAUCGGGGGGCGUCUGUUGUGUGCCAAGUGUCUUCCACGUCUGGCUGUAUGAGCAGUUCCUUUGUGGGGCAGAAAAUCUUCAUGAAACCGACUGAUCAAACGCGCUGUGGCUCGCCACUUCUGAGGCUCCUCGUUGUCUCCGAAUAUAAGCUUGGUCUCGCCCGCCUCCGGGCCGAGGUGACUGCGUCCCGUACGGCGAGUCUCCUCUCGAGAAUCAACUGCGCAGCACUGGACACACAAGCCGCCUGCGUUUCGCAAGGAAAAUCCAGGUCUCCACGAGUGUAACAAGGUAGACGCAGCUUCUCGUUCUAUCCCAGCGCACCUGCCGGUGGAUAAAGAGAGAGCGACAGAGACAAGCAUAUAGUGAGAGAUCUAGGUGUAUGGAUUCUAUGUAUAUACGGAUCAAAGUGUAUCUGUGUAUCAAGACGGGUGUCCGGGUAUCUGCGCACAUAACCUCUGCCAUGUACGUUGUCGUACAAAGUUUUUACAGGAUCUUUCUGCUUGAAAGCUCCGUUUUGACCGGGGUGUACGUACAUAUCAACGUUCUCCUAAAGGCAGCCUCUGCCUGUGUGAAAGAACGGGGCUGGAUGUCACGAAAAACGUCUGUACAGCUGAGCGGCUGUAAGUGGACGAGGUCCGGGAGGAGGCUCUGUACAGCACCUGUGGGAAGAAACGAAGGCUAUCUGUAAAGCGGUAAACGACGAGGUGUCUGUACGCCCGAGUGUGAGUGCGACUCUGCGGGCCGACAUCGCUGAGACCCUUGACCGGGAAGGUCUUUUUUUCAGAAA